UUGCUCUGUUUUGAUCCCACAGAUGUCCAUGUGUCCUCCAUUUUACGUUUUGUCUACGUUUUGUAUAUCAGUAUUGAGGACAACUGAGAAUUUUCUAGCUCUAAAUAACCAUAACACCUCAAAUUAUUUUGUAGUAAACAAGAUUUUCAUCACCUAAAAGUUUCUAAAUAAAUACAUUCAAGAUGAUGAUGGACUAUUUCGUAACGAAUAGUGCUUUAGCAGCAGCUCCGAUGGGGAUACAAAGUACAGCAGGAGCUGUUCCUGUUAGAAAUGACAAGGGAGAAGUGUCUAUGAAAAAGGUUAAGGUACACAGAUAUGUAUCUGGAAAAAGACCUGACUACGCACCAGCUGCAAGUUCUGAUGAAGAAUCUGAUGAUGAUGAUUUCUUAGAAAAAUGUUCAAAGCCGAUUGAAAAUGAUGUAAGUAACGCUAUCGUUGAUAACAAAGCAUCGACAUCGAUAAUACGUGAUGAAGAAGAUCCACGGCUGAGAAGAUUGACACGUCUUGUCCGUCAAUCCGAUGAUGAAUCAGAAACAAUUGUCGAAAGACAUCGUCACAUUCAUGAACCAGAAAUUAUUGAAACAGAAAUGAAGAACGCGCGGGAGAAAAUAAAACUCGAGAGUUCUGAUUCUUCAGAUGAUGAAGAGUUGUCUGAUUCUGAAAUAGAGCGAAGGCGUGAGGCGCUGAAACAACGUGUGCUAUCCAAAAAAGAAAAUGAGGAAGAAAUAAUCAAAGAUGAGGAAGAAGUAUCAGGGUCAAGUUCGGCUGAAAGCUCAGAGUAUGAAGAAUACUCGGAUUCAGAAGAAGAGUGUGGACCCAGGUUGAAACCAGUGUUUGUUAUGAAAAAAGAUAGAAUAACUGUUGUUGAACAAGAAAAAGAAGCGUUCAAACAACAGCAGAUGGAAAUAGAGAGGAAAAAAAUGGCUGAUGAAAGAAAACGACAAACUUUGAGGAUGGUUGAAGAAGCCAUUCGUAAAGAAACUCAAGGAAGUAAGCCAGCGGACUCAACAGAAAGUAAACUUGAGGACGUUUGUACGGACGACGAGAAUGAUGAAGUCGAAUACGAAGCCUGGAAACUACGUGAGUUAAAAAGAAUAAAACGAGAUCGAGAGGAACGUGAAGCCACUGAAAGAGAAAGAUUGGAAAUAGAAAGAAUCAGAAACUUAACUGAAGAAGAACGUCGACAAGAAGCUAAGCUUAAUCCAAAAGUUAUCACCAAUAAAGCCGCUAAAGGAAAAUAUAAGUUUCUACAAAAAUACUAUCAUCGAGGUGCAUUUUAUCUGGACAGAGAUGAAACUAUACUUAAACGUGACUUUUCUGGAGCUACACUGGAGGAUCAUUUCGAUAAAACUGUUUUGCCUAAAGUUAUGCAGGUCAAAAACUUUGGACGCAGUGGACGAACCAAGUAUACUCAUUUGGUCGAUCAAGACACUACACAAUUUGAUUCCCCUUGGAUAUCUGAGACAGCCCAGAAUCUUAAAUUUCACAAUAAUCAAUCUGCUGGAAUGAAGCAGUUGUUCGAGAAACCGUCAUUGAAAAAACGAAAAGACGACGGUAAUUAAACAGUUAAAAUUAUACAGUAUGAUUAAGUUUAUGAGUAUUUAAAGAAUAACUUUAAUAAAUUUUUGAAUAAAAUAAUUAUUUAAGACAUUAAAAUAAAUGUUACAUCAGAUCUUGCUGUAUCAAUGUAAAUAAAUGUAAAUAUUUUAGUUUUUUUUCUUGAAAUAAAAAUUUUCUGUAAUCAA